ACUCGUGUAUAGCCCGCGGUGCCCUGUCACAAUUUGAUAGUUCUCUCAUCCGCAAGCCAGAAUUCUUCAUUAUUGUUGCAUUGCCAUUAAAACGCAGUUUGUGCCCGCGAGGGUUUUACCGCGGGGCCCCUAAUCAUCUCGAGAUGGAGGAAGGGGUUAACAGGACAACCGCCCCUGGGCAUCCGAGCUUUGUCUCCGGUGGUCUCAACACACUCUAUCAGCAAAUGGAAAGGCGCAAAUGGUCCAUCUUAUUCUCGUUGUGUCUGCUGCUUGCAUGCUUCGGAGACCAAGCUGUUGCUCAGAAGACCUGCCCUGGACAGGAUGGGCUCUUAACGGCUUGGACUGGCUACGUACGUUCAGCCAACUUCGGUAGUGCCGGCGCUAGCUACACCAACAACCUGGCAUGCAGGUGGCAUAUCCGCGUAGCCGAGGGAAACCGCGUCCGAUUGACAAAAGUUGACUUUGAAUUGGAAGGCAGAGGUCCUGGCAACCGAUGUUAUGACUGGUUGAAGGUCUAUGAUGGAUCUGAUGAGACAGCCCCUCUUAUUGGUCAAUAUUGUGGCAUGGAAUUUCCAAACGAAAUCAUGUCCACCGGAAAGUCGGUGUACCUGCAUUUUGAAACGGAUACCACCGACAGCUUUCGAGGUUUCAGUAUCAACUACGCAGGCGUUUGCAGUGGUUUAACCAUCGACGUCCCAGUUGACGGGACUGGAUUGAUCGAGACUCCCCUAUACCCAGCCAAUUAUCCAGCUUUGAUUACCUGCGACUGGACCCUGCAAACUCAGCCAGGCUACCGCAUUGACGUGGACUUUGAAGUCUUUGAUCUCGGCUCUGCUAGCAACUGUACAACAGCGUACGUCCAGGUCUACGGCGGAUCAGACACUGCAGCAGACAGACUGGCGAAAUUUUGCGGGGCGGAGCUACAGACAGCGUCCCCCCUUCACGCUGUCAGCUCCUCAAGUAGCACUGCACAUUUGACCUUCAAGGGUGCAGCGGAGCCUGGAACAGGAUUCCGACUAGCGUAUUCCACAGAGGUCCUGGGUUGUACGUCCUCCCCUUGCCAGAAUGGGGGGAGUUGCACCAACGUGGAUCUAGACUUUACUUGCAAUUGCACUCCGGGCUGGAAGGGCAAGGCUUGCGACCAGAACAUUGAUGAUUGCCAGCCCUGGCCUUGCGGGCAGCAUGGGGUGAACUGUCAAGACCUCGUCAACGGAUUUACCUGCACCUGUGUUGCGGGUUAUGACGGGCCGGCGUGCGACGUAGCCGACAUUUUAUAA